AUGGCGGAUAAACAUUGGGAUGAAGAUUAUUUCAUUGAAGUAUCGUCGUCUAAAAUUCCCGAAGAGUCUACGAAGAUAAGAGGCAUUGGAAGAGGAAAAAUGAACAUCACUCAAGACAUUUCAUCAUUAAAAUUACCUAAAGCUGCCGUUGUAAAAGAAAAAGAAUACAAAAGUACAGCCUCUCAGGGGAGGGGGAGAGGAGAGCUACGUUCAUUUAUGUCACACGGGCCAGCAAGACUACCAAAGGAUAAAAAUACCAGGAAAGAUUUGAUUGGACUACAUAGUAUAAGCCAUUUUCCUUCACUACAAUCAGUGGCAUCAUCUUCUAAACAGUCACCUUCAAGUUCACCAAAGAAUUCUGCUAAGAAUAGGAAGUCUACAAGUCAGACUACGUCAUCAUCAACAUUAUCAUAUACAGACACAGAUUCAAAUUGGCCUUCAUUAAAGUCUUUACCAGAGCCUAGCAAUAAAAUGACAGAAGACCUACAUUCCUUUGCGCAAGCCUGUAAGGAAAGCGGAAGAGACAAAAAUCCAACUCAAUCUUUAUCAAAAGAUCUAAGGGAGCUUCUUCAACUUUAUGGCAAUGUAAUUAGUUGUGAUAUUGAAAGAGAUGUCCAGGGAAACAGUUUGGGAUGUGCAAUUAUCAGUAUGGAAACAAAAGCUGAAUGUGAAUGGAUCAUAAGCUGCUUUCAUGAUGAAGAAUAUCCAGGUUGUACAGGACUCGGCAAACUAUCAUGUACUUUCCUCAGCUGACACCAGGGCACAAUUGAGAAAGUUAUUGUUUCCAUUAGCUUAUAUUAGUUUAUUUGUAUAACAUAUAUAACAUAAAAGAAUGCAAUCCAUAUUUCCGUGUAAUAGUACAGACGUAUUAGUACAAAAUUACAUCAAUAAAACAAUAGACCUCAUAGGCUUUAGCGCAAUAUUUUCCCAUUUCAGACCACGUGUCAUUCCCUUGAGAAUAAGAUUCUUUGUUUGAGUUGUACAGUUCAUAUUA